UUUACUGGUGCAAAUAAUUUAAAAACCAUACAUCACAAUACAAAUGCCAUUUAUCCAAUGCAAACUUUUUCAAAUCGAUGCAUCACGUUGUUAUAUUUUAUGCCAACGAACCGAUAGUUCUGUGAAUCUUAACAACCCUAAUUCCAGGUAACUUAGGGAAUAAGGUGUGGGACACCCAGAAAGGGGUGCCAUCCCAUUGGACGGUUAACACACUUUCACACACAUUAGGGACAGUUUUGGAAAUGCCAAUCAAUCUAGAAGGUGUGUCUUUUGAUCAGAGAAGGAAACCAGAUUACCAGGAGGAAACCCUCAAAGCACAGGAAGAACGUGCAAACUGCACACAGGGUAGGUGGAACCCAAAUCCACCAGCUUGGGGGGAGCAAGGAUAGAUAUGGCAAACAUUUAAGUGACCCUUGUUGCUCCCCCUCCCCACCGUGUACAUUAUUACAUGUAGUAUAUUAGAAUGUGGUUUAUAUGAGGAGCAGUAAUGUGUGCACUGGGUUUAAGGCUAAAGAGUCCACAGUGGUUGAGAGAAGGUAUCUGCUCUUGCUUUGACAGCUCUGAUGCUUCUGCAGGAUAGAAUAGGCUGAAAAGCUGUUUUGAUGUCAUGAAAAAAGAGGUUGGAGCUGUAGCCAGAGCAAAUACAUCUGGAUGGUUUUCUGGAUUGUAGAAGAUUCGCAUUGAGUUCACUUAGUUGUGAUGAGCAGUCUCUGGUCACCAUCUGGAUGACUCCAAGUCACGUUUGGACCCUUUUUUGAUGUCUGGGGUCUUAUGUUCAUUCUCCACUCCAGGUGCGCACUCGGACAUUAAAACGCCAUGAACGCGUCUGAGGGACUGGGAGUCCUGAACCGGACGCAGGAGCGGCUGGAGGAAGCGAGGGGCUGCUGCAGCUUCACCUCCGCCUCCGCCGCCGCGGCCACGUCCGUCACCGAGGCGCUCAUGCACCACGAUCGCGAGCCGUUCGUGGCGCGUCUCGUGCAGAUCGCCGUGCUCUGCGUGCUCUCACUCACCGUGGUCUUCGGCGUCUUCUUCCUCGGCUGCAACCUCCUAAUCAAGUCCGAGAGCAUGAUGAACCUGCUGACGGAGGAGCGCAGACCUUCCAAAGACGCGGAGAUGAUCACCGCCGCGUAGCGCGCGCAGUCUAGACUUUCAGAUUUCUGCUUCUGAGUUGAACUUCUGCCUCUUCUUCCUUUUAGAAUCGUGCACAUGAUUUAAGACUGCAAAAUAAAGCAUGCUAAAAUAAUAUACACACAGACACACAGACACACACACACACACACACACACACACACACACACACACACACACACACACAAACACAU